AUGGUACUGCUUACAAUAACGCCCCAGAUAUCCGAUGCGAUACAGGCCUGGAAAACCGCACAAUCCGACGACACCCUGCGAUCCGAUGAUGAAGAACCCAACCUGGAUGGCGCCGAAGUGGGAAAGCCCAUCACGCACGCCCAGGUCAUCGACCUACGCAACAAAUUGAAAAGUAAAGGGAACACGGAGUACACAUUGGAGAAGCUCCUGGUCGGAUCGCGAGUCUACUUGCCGCCUCCGCCGCCUAAGCCCGAGCCCUCGGACGAAUAUAAGGCCUUGAUGGCACGACUUCGACGGGAAGAAGAGGAACGCGCGUAUGAGCGCAUGAUCAACCCGCCAGCUCCAACCGAGACCUUCAGCAAGCAGUUUCCAGGCGCCCGCUCUUUUGCCGCCGUCAAUCAACCCCACAACAAAGCGGACUUGGGUGACGAUGCCGAAGAUGUGACCUACAACGACGUGCACCGGCAGCUCAUGCUCUUACUCAACUUUCUGGUCAGCAUCAUUGGGGUAGGGGCGACGCUGUGGGUGCUGGCGCGCUGGUGGAGCACUCCCGCGCGGCUGUUCCUCACCAUGGGCGGGAGCUUCCUCGUGGGUGUCGCCGAGGUCGGCGUGUAUUACUUUUACAUAUGGCACCUGACAGAUGCGAGCAAAAAGGACAAGAAGUUCAAGGAGCAAAAAGAGGUAGUGCAGACUUGGGUUGUUGAAGGUCAGAACGCCAGUGAGCCCGUAAUUGUUGGUGAGCGCAAAGGACGGGUCGACCGUUUAUCGGAAGAUUUCGGAGGUGCACGGCGAAGGAAGAAAAGCCCCACAAGACAGAAAACAUGA